AGGACUCUCCUCAGAGCCAGUACCGUGAGGAGGGACGAGCUAAGCACUCAGUGCUAAAGCCUUCAGAGAACUUCAGUCAGCUGACAGGCUCACAGUCUGGAGGUUGUAGUUUUAUCAGCGUCGAGAACAUAAACACAGCCCUGAAGAAGAACAGGGCUAUUAGUGAGACUGAAGAAUAAGCUUACUUGAAGAUUCACACGGUUCAUUUAGGAGGAGGAGAUGGGCGACAGCUCCGGGUUAUCGACCUGCUGACAGAGAUGGAAGGCGUUUUGUUAAAAAAAAUAGACGCUCGGAAAGGCGUAAAGAUGUCUCGAGGCGGAUUUACCAGAGGAAGAUGAAGUUUCGAUGAAGAAGCGGCGACAGGAGGAGGCUGGUGCUGCUGCAGCUGCCGAGAGAAAAGUUCGCCUUCAGCCAUGUCGACCAACAGCAGCGACUUCAGGAGCCCUGAGCCCAACUUCCCCGCUCUCGUCUUCGGCAUACUACUCAUUACAGCCAUCAUCUGCGGCAACGUGCUCGUCUGCCUCAGCGUUUAUAAAGAAAAAGCCCUUAAAACGACCACCAACUACUUCAUUGUUAGCCUGGCUGUGGCGGAUCUUCUGCUGGCAGUGCUAGUUUUGCCCCUGUAUGUCUACGCUGAGUUUCAGGGUGGUGUCUGGUCCUUGAAUGUAAUUGUCUGUGACUGGCUGAUGGCUAUGGAUGUGAUGCUUUGUACAGCCUCCAUAUUCAACCUGUGUGCAAUCAGUAUUGACAGGUUCAUAGCAGUGUCCAUACCGCUGAACUAUAAUCGAAAACAUAUUGACCAUCGGCAGAUCAUCCUGCUCUCCGCCACCUGGCUCCUCGCUUUUGCUGUGGCCUCCCCUAUUAUCUUCGGCAUAAACAAUGUACCACAGAGGGACCCAAAGGAGUGCAAGCUGGAGGACGACAACUACGUGGUGUACUCAUCCGUUUGCUCCUUCUUCAUUCCCUGCCCCAUCAUGCUGCUGUUGUACUGUGGGAUAUUCCACGGCCUCCGCAGGUGGGAAGAGGCCCGCAAGGCCAAGCUGAAAAACAGCAUCCAGGCCUGCCGGAAGUUGCAGCAUGCCGCAGUGGCCGCUGCCUUGCCACAACUGGCUGCCCUGCCAGCCUCGUUGCCCCGCGUCAUUGAGCAGGACCUGGCCCAAUGCAGCGUUGAUGACCUGGACGAUGACAUGCAGCCAAGCUGCCCUUUGCCACCAGAGUACAAUAACAGCCCCAUUCAAAGUGUGGCCUAUGCAGAGUUACAGAAUUCAGGCCAAAGGAAAAAGAGGGCCAAGAUCAAUGGCAGGGAGAGGAAAGCCAUGAGGGUCCUACCUGUUGUUGUGGGUGCUUUCCUCUUCUGCUGGACUCCAUUCUUCGUGGUUCACACAACACGGGCCCUGUGUGAGUCAUGUGAAAUCUCCCCCCACCUAAUGAGUACAGUGACUUGGCUGGGUUACGUGAACAGUGCGCUGAACCCUAUCAUCUACACCGUCUUCAACACAGAGUUUCGCAAGUUCUUCCACAAGUUUCUGCACAGCUGCUGCUGACACCCACGUCAAGCCAGACGAAAAUACGAUGCUGUAAAUGAUCCUGAAGAACGAGCAUGAAGUAUUUUGUCACUGUUCGGACAAAACCUUGUGUCUUCAUUCUUACAUAAUUUGAAAAAACUCCAGCUGCUCUUUACAUAAUGUGAACAUUAUAUAAUGAAUGGUCUAAUGGAAAUUGUCCUUUUUACAUUAACUUGCAUUAUAAGUUAAGAAUGUUUUUCCUUCUUCUGAAGAGUUAGUUUUGUAGAUAUGAGCUUUUGUUCUGACAGUGACAAUAUGUCAGUAUGCAGUAUAUAAAACAGGCGCACAUAUCUGUUUACCUACAUUGUUUUACUUACUCUUAUACUAUUGCCAAUACUUUAUAUGCCUGCGACAGCAAAAUGUAUGUUUGGCGAUUGAUUGUGCCUAGAUUUUACUCUGUCCACGUUUUAUGUGGAGGACAUUUAAAGUAAAGAAGAUGUGUACGAAAUGCUUACGAUGCACUUGUUAAACUUUGCUUUGAACCACUUCAUAUUUGAUAUGAAUGUACAGAUCAACCUUCAGCAUUGCAAUAGAACAUGACAACUUA